CCCCCCCCCCCGCGGUACUCUCUCUCUCUCUCGCCCGUCCGGUCCUCCACCGCCGGCCUUCCGGUCCUCCACCUCCGGAGACGCGGCGACCCUUCGGGUCGUUCUCUCUCGCUCUCUCUCUUUCUCUCUCUCACGACCGUCGCCGACCCUCUCGCCGCCGCCUCGCCUUGCCGCCAUUUCUUUGCUGCAUCCUCGCCGCUGCUGCCUCGCCUCGCAUCUCUCUCUCAUCCUCGCCGCCGCCUCCAGCAGCGCGUCUCUCUCCGUCUCGAUCUCUUCUGGAACUUUCCGGCCUCAGAUUCUCUCUCAAGUUUGUGUUUCUCACGCCCUGUCCCUUGAGUUAGGCCGUGAGUGAAUUAAGUAAUUGAAUCUAAUUGCUACGAAACUAGGGGUUCAGAAAAUUGCUGGCAUAACAGUGUUUGACACAAAAGAGAAGAGAACGUACGACUCUUUGUCAGAUUUGGAGGUGUGAGUAAUCUUGUUAUGUCGUAAACAAACAGGGUUCUGUAACUGCUUUAAGUUGUUGAUGUUCUUUACACCAGUUCAGCAAAAUCUACUUAAAUCAGUUUGCCCCCUAGCUGGAUCUCCCAUCAGAAUGUCUGCCCGCUUUAACGUUGUUGGAUGCUCAUAUAGUUCCAUCAGACUGAUUCCUGUCCAGUUUCAAGAAAAUUGCUUUCGCUUUCUCUGAAGCACAACCAGAUCUUCCAAGGUACCAUCAAAUUGCACUCGAUCUCAUCGGCCGUCAAUAAUGGCGGAAGCUGUUGUGUCCUUGGCCGUGAAAAGAAUCAGUAAUCUGUUGAUUGAAGAAGCGAAGUUUUUACGCGGACUGAGAGGUCAAGUGGAGGAUCUUCGAACAGAGCUCAAACGAAUGCAGAGUUUCCUGAGAGAUGCCGAUAACAUUCAGUACACAGACAAUAGGGUUCGUAAUUGGAUUGGGGAAAUCAGAGAGCUCGCUUACAAAGCAGAGAACGUCCUCGAUGCUUUUGUCCUCAAAGUUGCGUCUAGGAGUGGCCGAUCCGGAGGCUUGCGUAACAUGGUGCGAAGAUUUGUUUGCAUCUUCAGCGAAGGUAUAAACUUUCACAAUGUCGGACUGGAGAUUGGUGAGAUCAAAGUCAAGAUCGCUAAUCUCACUACCAGUUUAGAUACUUACGGUGUUAGUCGUUUAAGGGAAAGUGAAGGUUCAAAUUUUGUGCAAAACACACAAUUCUUACUUCGACGGACAUAUUCCCACUAUAUUGAAGAGGAUUUUGUUGGAUUUCAAGAAAAUAUAAGCGAAUUGGUAGCACAAUUGAUGCGUGAUGAUAACCAAUGUCGAGUUGUUUCAAUUUGUGGCAUGGGCGGGCUAGGAAAGACCACUCUUGCUCGAGAGGUUUAUCAUCACCAGACCAUUAGGCAUCAUUUUGACAGGUUUGGAUGGACUACCAUUUCACAACAAUGGAGAAAAGAGGAUGUCUUGCAAAGACUCUUAACCGACCUGAUGCCUGAGCAGCAGGGGGAAACUAAGAGCAUGAGAGACGAAGAGUUGGUUAGGCAACUGUUUAAAAUCCAGAAGAAUAGAAAAUGCUUGGUCGUUCUUGAUGACGUAUGGUCUACUGAGGUUUGGGAGAUCAUAAGGUGUGCAUUCCCAAGUGGAAAGGCAGGAAGUAAAAUAUUGCUUUCUAGCCGUUCUAGGAAUGUGGCUGAAGGUAUAGAUCCGUUGGGCAUCAUUCACGAACCACCAUUAUUUGAUGAGAAAGAUAGCUGGGAGUUACUGCGCAAGAAAGCAUUUCCAAGAUCAUCCGAGGAUCCAGAUUCUCAAAUUGAUGCGAAGAUGGAAGAGUUAGGAAUGAAAAUGGCAAGACAAUGUGGGGGCUUGCCACUUGCCAUUGUUGUGCUUGGGGGUCUUCUAGCAACAAAAAAAUAUACCUUGAGCGAGUGGCAAAAGGUGUAUGAAAAUGUUGAUUCACAUCUAAUGAAUGAUGGUAAAUUGUACGGAGAAGGAGAAGAUGGAAGAAUAUUAGGGGUGUUAAGUUUAAGUUAUCAGGAAUUGCCUUAUCAACUGAAAACAUGUUUUCUCCAUUUGGGACACUAUCCAGAGGAUUUUGACAUAGAAGUAGAGAAAUUAUGUCAAUUAUGGAUAGCUGAAGGUUUUGUACCAGAAUCAAAGGAGCAUAAAAAAACCAGAGAAGAAGAAACAAGUAUGGAUGUGGCAAUACGUUACUUGAGUGAACUCGCACAAAGGUAUAUGGUUCAAGUGACACUAGAAGAGGAUUACCCGGAACCCAUAAAACGUACAAGGUUCACCAAAUGUGACUAUGAUCUUGUUCGAGAGUUAUGUUUGCGAAAAGAAAAAGAAGAGAAUUUUGUUGAGAUAAAUGAUUAUAGACAUUCAAAUCAGCAAGUGCAACCCCCUUUCUGCUCUAUGGAUGCAUCAUUAACUAGCAGUAGUGGUAGUACCGCAAUACAUAGACUCAUUGACUAUUUGGAUUAUGAUACAAAUAUUAAACGUCUUGGACAAGAAGAGAGGAUUCAGGGGACAAGGAUGAUUCAAUUCGUAUUCUUCAGUGCGGGGUCCGGUGCUGGGAGUCAGUUGCAAGUAAUCCCUCUUUGCAUGGAUUUCAAAUUUUUGAGAGUUCUAGAUCUUGAGUAUGUACAAGGUGUUUAUCCUAGUCGACAAGUUUUACCAAAAGAAACAGGAAAUCUAAUCCUUUUGAGGUACUUGGGAUUAAGAAAUACUUAUUUUAGAAAGUUGCCAUCAUCAAUGGGGGACCUAAGAUAUUUGCAAACACUUGACUUGCGAACUUGUUGGGAGAUUAGAGUGCCAAAUGUGUUAUGGAGGAUGAAAGGAUUGAUGCAUCUUUAUCUUCCUCACCGUAACUAUUUACAUACAACAAGUAAGUUGCGAAUAGAUAGUUUAAGCAAAUUGGAAACAUUAGAACACUUUAGCUCAGAUAAGGUUGACGCCAAAGGGCUCUUGAAGUUAUCCAAUCUCAGGGUACUAUCUGCGGCAUACUUGAAUGAAAAACUUGAUGAUAACCUAGCAAUAAUCAACGACUACUUAUUUCCUCACAAGCAUCGGCUGCAAUUCGCAUCGUUUGAAGUUGAAAUUGAUGAUUCUUGUAAGGAUGAAAGAAUAAGCCUCCUAAGAAAAUUUAUCACAUAUGAUCGACUUGGUGACUUGAUGAUACGAGGAACCAUUGUUGGUAAGCUAUCAGACUAUUUGUUGUCUCCGUCCCUUGUGAAUUUAUCCUUGAUCAACUCUCUACUUGAGGGCGAUCCUAUGCCAACUUUGGAGAUGCUGCCUAACUUAAGUUAUCUCAGUUUGCUUAAUGCUUUUGUGGGAAAAGAAGUUGUUUGCUCAAUUGGUGGUUUUCCUCGUCUCCAACGUCUUUCCCUCUUGAAUAUGCACAAUUUAGAGGAAUGGAGAGUGGAGGAGGGAGCCAUGCCUAUUCUCUCUCAGUUAUGGAUUGCUUCUUGCAAGGAGUUGAAGAAGAUUCCUGAUGGAUUAAAAUUCAUCUCCAAGUUGAAGUCUCUAGUAAUUCGGAACAUGCCUAGAGCAUUCCAAGAUAGGGUUCGAGUGCUACAUGACAAUGAAGGGGAAGAUUUUCACAUAGUUCAACACAUCCGUAGAAUUGAGUUUUAUGAUUGAGAAUCUGAGAUGUCAACUUGUAAAUUGAAUUUGAAGAUUCAUCAUCAAUUGUUGUUCUAUCAAUGCCAUCACACUGUCUACCUCAAAUUUGAAGAUUCCUGGAUUUUUUUUUUUUCUUCUGUUGUGUGUGUUCUUUUCUGGGCUUUUCUCACAAAUUUUGACCGUCUACUUCCUGCAAGAGUGAAAAAAGGCAUUAUUAUUUGGAUUAAGGGGGAGGAGGGGGAUGAACUAGUUCUAAGAUCAUCUAGUCAUGAAGACUUGGAUCAUUUUCUCCACGGUACUUGUUAGCAUUUUUGCACAAGUAAUUCUAGUUGUUGCCCUAAUUUUGCUAGAAUGCUAAAAUAUUCAUGUGUAAGGCAUUAUUAUCAUUGUUGCAUCAAAAUAAUAUAACUUUCUCAAUUGAAUGAGGCA